CUGCCCCUGCUGGAGCAUCCUCCAGACCCAGCAUCUCCCUCCCUCCUGCUGGGAUUGGCUCUGCCAUCCUUGGCACGCAGCGCCCAGAGGUCGUCCAGAGCAGAGCCAGCAUCCGGGGCAGGUUCCCGGCUGCUCCGUCCUCACUGGCUCUCCCUUGGCGUCUGCAGGUCUCCAUGGGGGAGGCCUACCUGGUGUACUCCGAGCGCCUGUACUCCAAGUCGGAGUUCAACAACUACCUCGCCGCCCUCUACAAGGUGGUGGGGACGUUCCUCUUCGGCGGGGCUGUCAGCCAGUCCCUGACCGACCUGGCCAAGUACAUGAUCGGCCGGCUCCGGCCCAGCUUCCUCGCCGUCUGCGACCCCGACUGGUCCAAGGUGAACUGCUCCGUCUACGUGCAGCUGGAGAACAUGUGCCGGGGCGAUGCCAGGAACGUCACUGAGUCCAGGUUAUCCUUCUAUUCCGGACACUCCUCCUUCGGGAUGUACUGCAUGGUCUUCCUCGCACUGUACGUCCAGGCCCGGCUGAGCGGGAAGUGGGCCCGGCUGCUGCGCCCCACGAUCCAGUUCUUCCUGAUCGCCUUCGUGGGCUACACCAGGGUGUCCGACUACAAGCACCACUGGAGUGACGUGCUGGUGGGGCUCCUCCAGGGGGCGCUCAUUGCCGUCCUCAUCGUCCGCUACGUCUCUGACUUCUUCAAGCAGCGCCCCUCUCUUCCCUGCGAGGAGAAGGACCCGGAGCGCAAGCCCAGCUUACCACUGACCACGAGCGACCCCGACUGCAACCACUACAGCUAUCGGGGAGCUCCCUGAGCUGCGGGGGCCGGGGAGGCAGUGCUGCUGGACAGACCCCAGGCCUCGCCAGGCUGCCUGCCAGGGCUUGGGGGGAACUGGGAGGAGCAGCUUAUCUUGUUAAUUGGUUCUGCAGCUAAUGAGUUCCUUAUUACUGCACGGUGCCCUGGCACCCUCUGGGGAGAACCCAGCAAAGACUUUUAAUGCUCAUUUGGCCGAUGGCAGAGAAAUCAGCCCUGUGGUCGCGGGGCUCCGAUCCCUCAGUGAGUGGGUGGGAGGGGGCUCUCCAGCCCUCUGCAUGGAAAGAGGAGAUGGCCCAGGGGUGGGAGUGUUUGUGACGCAAAGAGCAACCCCCCCGCGAAGCCUGAGACUGCACGAUGCCGAGCGCGUCUAUAUCCACGUCGUCUGCCGACGGCUCUUCGCUGGGACGGAACCAGGAGGGCGACGCCCCCGGCACGUUGCUGGACUCGUGAGCUGGGCCCGAGCUCUUCUCUGCAUCUGGAUCGGAUCGUUAAAAUAUUCCUAGUGAGCCGCAGCUGAUGCAAGGGAUCGACACACGGCGAGGAUUUGCUCCCGCUGACCUGGGCCCUGCUGGGCUGCCGCAGGGCGGGAGCGAACGGCCACAUGAGAGUUUGCAACGUGCCUGCUUUGUGGGGUGAACCGGAUGCUCCGUAGGAAAUGCCAGGGGUCAGACGUCUCAGCUGAUUCUUUUAAUGGGGGAUGGGGUGGGUGGGAAUCCUUCUGGGAUAAAGCAGAUAAAUUGCAGUGUGAAGAGGGUCCUGGAUUCUGGCCCUGUGAGAGGGCAGGAGGUGGAGCAGGGAACAUGCUCACAGCCUCGCCUCCGCUGCGCAGCUGCCUUCGGCGCCGAGGGUACUUGUGCCUCUUUUAAAUGAUAUAAAUUUUCAUAACGAUGUGUUUUUUGCAGUCAAUGCAUUUACUUUUCAAUUAGAUCAUCCUCAAAGAA